CUAGUCAGAAGACAAUGAGGUAUCAUUAUGAAGGCCAUUUUAUAUUUUCACCAAAUAGAAUAUAUGAAAAUGGUAGGUUCAUGGAGAAACCUAAUUUUGAUGUUGAUUUCAUCUCAUUUUUUGAUAUAUUGGAUGACUUGAAAAAGGAUUGUGGAUUUGAUGUUAUAAAAGGAGAUAAAUUUUAUUACUUGAAAGCUGAUAAAGCUCUUAGUGAUCUUGAUGCAUUGAUAGAGGUUAAAGAUGAUAAGAUAUGAAAAAUAUGAUGGAUAGUUAUAAGAAGUUCCCUUCGAAACCCAUUGAUAUAUACACUCUAUUUCGAGAUUAUGAUAUUUUACCAAAUGGACUUGGUGACGAGCUACCCGCAGUUACAGUUGGAUCACACUUCUAAUCAACUUCAAAAUCCAAAUGCAACUGCAGCAACAGGUUUACUCAUUUAAUUUUAUUUAAACAAUUGAUUAUGUUUACUUGUUCUAUAUACAGAAAUUCUUGUUAUUAUAUGAUUAUUAUUUUACUUUUGUUUUGAAAUAGGUUCUAAUACAAUUAAAAGAAAAACUAGAGGACCAACACGAUGCUUGAAAAUCACAUAAUUGGAGAAUGGGCAAAAAUUGCCAGUAGAAUUUGAUGAAGAUGAUCAAGCUAUUGGUGAUAAUACUACUACAUUUAUUUGGUUUUUAGGACAAACUAUUAGAAGUGUGCCAUGUUGUCCAUUGCAAGUGAAACAAUGGAAUAAGAUUACCGAUGAUAAGCUCGACCACAUGUGGUCUACCAUAUUGGUACGAAAAUUUAUAUUAAAUUACAUCCAUUAUAAAAUGAUUAUAAUUUUUUUAAUUCUAUUAAGUAUCAUCAUCUUUGUUUCUUACUUCUAUACUAAAAGGAAAAGUUCACUUUUGAGUAUUCUGAUGCAAGAAAGGGAGCAAUUUUCGGUCAUAUGAAUGCACUAUAUAGGUAGUAUACGCAUAAGUUGAAGAAGAAGUACUUUGAUUCAAAGGCAACGUAUUCACUUCGUCUCCGAAACAAGCCUAAGGAUAUGGAUGUAAAAGAUUGGAAGUAUUUGGUUAAUCUUUGGACAGAAAAUGCAUUUCAGGAGAGAAGCAAUAAAAAUAAGACAAAUAGAUGCAAGCGUUCUAUGCCGCCAUACACGGGGACAAAAAGCUUUGCUCGGCUGAGAGAUCAUAUGAAGAAAAAAAAUGGAAAAACACCUUCUCGCUUAGAGCUUUUUCUUGAAUCCAGAAAGAGAAAGCAAGGCAAAGAAAUUGAUCCAAUAUCACAAGAAGCCAUUGAAAAGUUUCAGCAACUAAAAAAACAACGAGAAGAAGGACAAAUUUCACUGGAUGAUGAUGCUAUGUUUGCUGAUGUACUUGGGCCAGAAAAAAAUGGUUAUGUACGUGCUUAUGGCCCUGAAAAAAAUGUCACGGAAUAUUUUGAUGCUAGACCUACAAAGAUAGAACUACUUAGACAACUUGAUACUUCAAGAAGAGAAGCAAACGAGCGUGUCCAACAAAUUCAAAAAGAAGCAAGUGAACAAGUAAAUGAUGUUAAGAAGCAAAUGGAUGAGAAACUUGCAGAGAUAAAUAGAAUAUGGGAGCAGAAAUUCAAGAUGCUUUUGGAGAAAAAUAAUAAUAUUGCAUCAGUAAGUGAUUAA